GGUGACAAGGUGGGGAUGGGGCACAGCCUGGACUCGCUGGUGUUGCAGGUCGCUCCCAGCCUCGGUGGUUCUGUGAUUCCGUGGCCGUUCCAGGAGCGCUGCUCGCGGCCCGGGGCGGCUCCGGCGGCGGGCGGGGCGGGAGGCGGCGCGGCCGAGCGUGACGGGGAGGGCGGGAGCGAGCGGAGCCCGCAGCGAGCAGCGACCGGGCCGCCGCCGCCUCCGCCUGCGCAUCGCCCGCACCGACCCCGCAGCGCCAUGGCGGCCGCGGCCGCCGAGCCCAGCACCGGCCGCUACCAGCAGCUGCAGAAUGAAGAGGAGCCGGGCGAGGCCGUGCCGGUGGUGAACGACGCCCCUCCGCCCUACAGCAGCAUUUCUGCAGAGAGCACAGCUUACUUUGACUACAAGGAUGAGUCGGGGUUCCCGAAGCCGCCGUCCUACAACGUGGCCACCACUCUGCCCAGCUACGACGAGGCCGAGAGGACCAAGGCUGAGGCCACCAUUCCCUUGGUUCCUGGCAGGGAUGAUGACUUUGUGACACGGGAUGACUUUGAUGACACUGACCAGCUGAGGAUAGGAAAUGAUGGCAUUUUCAUGCUGACUUUCUUCAUGGCAUUCCUCUUCAACUGGAUUGGAUUUUUCCUGUCUUUCUGUCUGACUACUUCAGCUGCAGGACGAUAUGGGGCCAUUUCUGGCUUUGGUCUGUCCCUUAUUAAGUGGAUCCUUAUUGUCAGGUUCUCCACCUAUUUUCCUGGUUACUUUGAUGGCCAGUACUGGCUUUGGUGGGUCUUCCUUGUACUAGGUUUUCUGCUGUUUCUCAGAGGAUUUAUUAAUUAUGCAAAGGUUAGGAAGAUGCCAGAUACGUUUUCCACUCUUCCCAGAACCAGAGUUCUCUUUAUUUACUAAAGAUGUUUUCUGGCAAAUGUCUUCCUGCAUUAGUGAAAUCCCCCCCAAGAAGCAGCAGGACACCUGCAGGAAGUGAAUCAAGGCUCUGGAGCAGAAGAAAAAAUAAUCACCUGCUUUAAAAUAAAUAAAUAAAAGUACUGUUGGAAAAAGAAAAAAAAAAA